CGGGUCACGUGACCGCGCCCUUGUUGGGACCGGCGUAGAGGUGUGUCGCGCUGAACAGGGACAGGAAAGACUUAAGCCUGACGAUUGACGGACGGAUGGCCGUGGAAGGAGCGGACUUGUUCCUCUGGUCUUAUCCUAAGUAGCAGCCCUUGAGUUCCCUCAGCCUAGAUUUCUUGUUGGUGGUGCUGCAUUUAUAUUUGGGGAACUUCACAAGGUGGCCUGGCCAGAUAUCUCUAAGUCCCACUUGCAUCCCAGGGCAGAUUCACGUCUGUGGACAGGAUUGCAAGUACUGAGGCAGGGCAGCCUUGAUGAUUGUUUGAUCCAGGGUUUGACUCUUCUCCAGUUAGUGGAUUGUUCUGCGGUGGGAAAAAUAGCACCUCCUGAGGACUCCUGCUAUAUAGGCUGGCCGGCCUAGGUGGUGAAUGAGGUUUGUUCCUUUAUAGAGGCCUGUAGAAAACUGCACAUAGCUGAUCACUUUGACUUUGAUUAAGAAAGAGGACGAAAGCUAUUCAUUUGGGUCCAAGGUUUGCCUGUGAGUUGGCUGUAAGAGUUAUCAAUACUGGAAGCAAGAAAGGGGGAGAAAAUUGCGCCAGAUCAGUGCAGGUCUCUCUGCUGUGGUGGCUGUGCUGGCUUUGGAGUGACAGAAGAUCAUCACCUUCAACCCAGCGAAAGAGUAUUAAGACAGUGACCUGGGACACAUUGAGAAUCAAGGCCAAGACUGUAUAGAGCUAUCUGUAUAACUGGGCUUCAACCAUGACUGGGGUUAAGAAUGCAAGUAAAAAGAAUAGAAGUAGGAAAAAUGAGAAUAAAAAGAAGGCCAAAACUGAAAAAAGGGCUGGUGUAGAAGCUGAAGCAAAGAAGGAGGCUACUGGUGUAGUCAGAUCUGUACCCAAGACCCAGGCCAAAGCAGUAGCCAAGGCAGGGUCCCAGGAAGAUGCAGUGGCAGAGAUGAAGGCAGCAUCUAAGAACAAGGUUGUUAGUGAGAUGAAGGAAGGAGUCUUGGCAGAUAUCAGUCCUAAAGCUGAAGAUGAAGCAACUAGAUCUUCUUGUUCUGUAGUUAAGGCUAGUGCUGAAUCCAGGUCUACACGUAAAGAUAAGACUGGUAUUGAUACCCAGCCCCGGGCUGGGGAAGAGGCCAGUGUUGGUUCCUCAUCCCAGAAUGGAGGAGAAGCUAGUAAUGGUUUCAGCGCUAAGGAUGAAGGUAAAGCUGAUACUGGGCCCCUGUCCUGUGCUGAGAAGUUAGAGCCUGUGGCUGGGGCCACCUGCAAGGCUAAGCCAGGGGCUGAGGAGGAGGAGGAAGAAAACGUUAUUGGGAACUGGUUUUGGGAUGGCGAUGAAACUAGUUUUGACCCUAACCCUAGACCUGUGAGCAGGAUAAUUAAGCCCCAGCCUGUGGAUGAAAUUAAUGAAAAAGAUAGGCCCAAGGACUGGUCUGAGGUAACUAUCUGGCCCAAAGCCCCUGCUGUAACUCCAGCAGUGUUAGGCUUUAGAUCCCAAGCCCAAUCUGAAGCAAAGCCUCCUUCAUAUAUUGUCCUGGCCUCAGCUGAGGAAAACACCCACUCUUUGCCUGCGGCCACAGCAGGCCCUUCUAGGAGCACUGCCUCAUGCUCACAGUCUGUCCCCGAGUACCCAUUUGGUUCUGACCCUUGCAUCCAGACCAUAGAGGAGAUUAGACGCCAAAUCAGGAUCAGGGAGGUGAAUGGGAUUAAGCCAUUUGCUUGCCCUUGCAAAAUGGAAUGCUACAUGGAUUCUGAGGAGUUUGAAAAACUUGUUACCUUACUUAAGUCAACUACUGAUCCUCUCAUUCAUAAAAUAGCUCAAAUUGCAAUGGGGAUCAUUAAUGUUCAUCCGUUUGCCCAAGAGUUCAUUAAUGAAGUGGGUGUAGUGACACUUGUUGAAAGCUUGCUCAGUUUUCCUUCCUCUGAAAUGAGAAAAAAGGCUGUAAUUACUCUGAAUACCCCCUCUGGGGAUGAAAGACAACGCAAGGUUGAAUUACACGUUAAGCAUAUGUGUAAGGAAACCAUGUCUUUUCCUUUGAACUCACCUGGACAGCAAUCUGGAUUAAAGAUACUAGGGCAACUGACUACUGAUUCUAACCAUCACCACAUUGUUGCCAAUUACUUUUCAGAGCUUUUCAAUUUGCUGUCCCUGGGAAAUCGUAAAACCAGAAAUCUUGUUUUGAAAGUACUUUUGAAUAUGUCUGAAAAUCCAACUGCAGCCAGGGACAUGAUCAAUACAAAGGCAUUAGCAGCAUUAAAACUCAUCUUUAACCAGAAAGAGGCAAAAGCCAAUCUCGUUAGCGCUGUGGCCAUAUUUAUCAACAUAAAGGAACAUAUCAGAAAGGGCUCUAUUGUAGUUGUUGAUCACUUGAGUUAUAAUACACUCAUGGCCAUUUUCCGUGAAGUUAAAGUGAUUAUUGAAACAAUGUAAAAUGAGCUAGAAAUAAGAGCGAUCCCUUUCAGCAAUCUCCAAACUAAAAGGCUGUUUGUUUCCAAAGAACCAUGCAUAAUGUUUUGAUUAUUGCAGUGUGUGAUGUGCAUUAUAAAUUAUGUCUUUAGCACAAUAUUAUCUGUGACAGUCUAGGUCUGAGCUAGACCAUUUGGGGGUAUCAAAUUAAUAUUUCAUUGUGAGUUGAAAACAUCUGUUAUUGUCUUGUGUGAAUGGGGUGCUUUUUAACAUUUUAAGAAGAUAGCAAACUGGUGGGUGCAUCGUAAGUAAGCUGACUUAUUCAUUAGUAUCUGCUUAGAUCCAUUUGUGGCUUCAAGUGGUUAAAGUGGUUAAAAUAUUCAAAGAAAAUAUCUAGUUAUAAUCUAGUUGCAGAAAUAAGGCAUAUCUAUACAAAAAGAUAUCUAACAGUACACAUAUAUUCGUAUAUAUAUGUAUACACAUACACACUCAUUGCUAAAUGUGCACUCUCAGUAUGUAAAGAAGGCAGGGCUGCUACAGGCUGUUUAAUGUAAAAGGAAUUAAUGUUUUCCCCCAUUCUACCUGCAUCAGAUAACUCAUUCUACAACACACAAAUGGCCCUGAAUCUCAGAUAAAAUGUAAUACUCAUUUUUUAUUUUGCUGCUGCAUUUAUAACUCUUACAUUGUUAGGCAAUUUCAUCUAUGUCAAGUUUCAUCUUGUAAAAGAGAGAGGAGUUAGGUAUAGUGAGGAAAUAUUUCCUGAGUACCUACUCUUAAGUGAGAUACUGUUGUGAUGGCACUGUAUUUGAUAGGUUUCUUCUUCUCAAUAAUGGUCCUCCAAGUUAGGUACUGGUAUUUUUUUUAAUGAUGAUAACUCAUUGUACUGAAUUACCUCCAGUGAGAAUUAGGAAGGUUAAAUACUUUGUCCUAGCUUCCCACAGCAGACAGGUGGCAUAGCUGUUUUUUCAGAUACCAAAAUCCACUCUCAUUACCCUACCUUAUAGUUCUCUCCCACUUUUUUACGUGGUAGCCUUCGAAGUUCACACACUGGUUUUAACGAUUCAGUUUUGCUGUAGAAAAUAUCCCUGCCAGUCUUGCAAGUCUUAACUUCCUCUAAAUGCACAUGUCCAUUAGGCAUUUGGCUAUGCCUUGCUGGGAGUCAGAAGAAAAGUCUGGGAUGAGUUAUGGAUUUUAAUUGGCAGUGUCUGGGAAACAGUAGGUACCGAAAACUGCUGAAUGAAUGAGAUGUGGAUUUGGUGUCAAACAACUGAAAUUUGUUAUAUAUUUUUCCUAAUCUGUAUGUACUUUUUCCCCAAAGAACUGGAAUCAUUGUGUACAUUGUUUCAUACCAUACACUUGACAAUUGCGUUCUUCCUCCUUGCAAAACCAUACCUUAAUUUGUUUACCCUUUGUAAUUUAUUCUUCUCUGUGUCAUAUGAAAAGCUAAAAAGUUCUGUCUUUUACUAGUAGGCAAGCCUGCUCUCUGCAUUUGUACCAGCCAAAUCUGUACUGGGUAAACUUAACUGGGGGAGAUUGAGCCCAGAACUGCAGCUUCAGCAACACAAAACAGGAAAGCUAGGAGAGAAGCUGCUGCCUCAAUCUAGGGACUUUUGGGCUAUAGCUGUGUUUUCUGACUAAUGGUAGGAAUUAUAACCCCUGAUCUAGGCUAAGAGAAUGUCCAAGUGUGUAAAAAUAUUGGGUUGUAUGCUUUGACAUUUUUAAGCAGUUAAGAAACUAAAACAAGGUCAUAUUGUAAGUACUGUUUUUGUGACUUGCCUUUCCCCUCACCAACUGUAUUUUGUGACUAUCUUUUCAUGUCAAUAAAUAGGCUUCUGCAAAUA